AUGGCCGUGCUGUACCUCGACGGCUCCGUGCUCUGGCUGGGGCUGAUGCUUCUUCUCUACUGGAACCUCUUCCGGGUGUACUCCGACCUCUCCGUGACGCUGCUGUGGACGUGCAUGAUUUGCGCGGUGAAGCACGUCGUGCGGCGCGUGUUCCGCGUCGUUGAGUGGGCGGCGGGUGUCGACCCGCACGGCGCGGGCGAGUUGGCGGCCGCCUCCCUCGACGGCGCGAUGGACGCCCGCCUGCUGUGGCCGGUGCCCGCCCUCGUCGUGCUCGGCUACUCGGCCGGGACGAAGGCCACCACCGCGUGGUGCGGCGCGUUCCUGCUCGUGCUCGCCCUCAUGUGCUGGGCGUCGCGGGUGGAGUGGCAGGCCGCCGCCUGGCCCGAGCGGGGCUGCUGGCGGUUUCGCGCCUUCACGUUUGUCUCGGGCUGCCUCGCCCUCCUCUGCGCGGCGCUGCAGUGGUCCUUCUUCGCCACCAGCCCGCGCCCGCGCGACGACGCCAACGAGGCGGUGUACUACACGCUCCUGCUCUGGUCGGCGACGCUGUCGAUUCAGCUGCUGCAGGCCCUCGCCUUCGUUGGGCUGCACGUUCUCUCCGCGGCGACCGCGCUGGGCCGCGACGGGGGCGGCUUCGACCCGAUGGAAAAGACAGGCCUCACCGUGCGGUGCGUGGGGGCCGCCGCCUCCUUCCUGGCUGCCACCGUCUACUGCUCCGACGGGGCCACGACGUUCAUGAAGCUGUCCGUGAUGACCCACUUCUGCUUGAUGCUGAACGAGUUGCUGCGGCUGCACCGCUCGCGCAACCUCCUGCGGCCGUUCCCGGAGGUGAGCCUCGCGGGGCACUGCGUGAUUUGCCUCGACUCCAUUAAGCCGUGCGAGCCGGCGCGCAAGCUGCACUGCGGUCACGUCUUCCACAGCCGCUGCCUCUACCGCUGGCUGAUGCGCUCCGACCGGUGCCCCACCUGCCGCCAGCACACAGGCCCCACGCACGACGACGUGCUGACGUCGGUGGAGUUUGCCAUGGAGCGUCGCCGUGGCAGGCGGCAGCAUAUACGCAACAUGCAGGACAUCGCGGUGCAGACGACGUUCGAGCUGGACUACGCCGUGCGACCCGCAGCCUUCCACGGCUCGCUGCGCCCGCUCCUGCGGCCCGCAAACCUGACGGCGGAGGCGAUGCCGCCGGCCGCUGGCAGCAGCAGCGGAAGCAGAAAUAGUAGCGGCGCGCCGAUGCCCGGCGUGCCUUCGGCGUUGCCGGUGACGCUGGUACGGCUAGCAGCCCCACCGCUGCCACCGCUACCGCUGCCACCGCCGCCGCCGCCGCCGCCAGCGCUUCUGCAGGGGGAACUUUCGUCUCUUGAGACGACGACGACGACGAAGGGUGUGCCCUCUUCGGGGUCGCCGUCGGCGUCGGAUGAAUUCGCCGACAACCCCAUAGCGCGCGCGAAGGGAAAAAGCCGAGGGAGCAAGCGCAGACGGCCAGCGGCGGAGGAAACGACCGGAACGGCCGCCACCGCCGAUGGUGGGGCGGGUGGGACAGGGGCGGAGACCAUGCGGCGCAAGAAGGCGAAGCUGGAGGCAGGCGAACACUUGGGUGAGGGAUAG